CACAGUGGAAGGAUAUCUUCAUCUCCAAACUCUGAAUGACCAUGACGUGCAUUCCUCUGCUCUCACGAUUAAAUUGGCAAAUCUUUCAGAAUUGACAAGUCCUAUUAAGAGUCUUUUUCCAUAUACUUUACAUUCACACCGUCAGUAGUUUGAAGGGAGUGUUUUUAAACAUACUCAUUGUUUUUGAGCAUUCUGUGAUCAUUUAUUUUCUUCCUGGUAUUGGGUAAUGACUCAGUCUACUAUUAUUCCUGAAGGGCAUGAAACUAAGAGAUUACCACUUUUAAAUGCAUCCCGACAUUUGACCCCAGGUGGGUGGCAGGAGAAGAAUCUCCAAGACCAUGUUCAGGUCGUGGUGUCCUGAUUUUUGAUUUGGGGACACAUUUAGUUACUACCACACUACACUGGAUUAUUGAAAGAGUAGAGGAUACAUUGGUUUGUGUCUUUUCCUUCAAAAACCAAAAUUCCUAAUUCUGAUGACAUGUCCUUGGGAAAUAUUUUAGGCGAAUGGUAGAGAAUUGGUUAUUAUUAAAUUUUGCUCUUUUCUGGGAGCCUUGACAUCCUUAAUAUUAUCUGCAUACAUCUCUGUUUGAGUCACUGACCUAAACUCAUGGUCCCCGUCCCCCACCCCAUUUGAGUCUGUAAUUCUUUGUCAAGAUUCUGGUUCCUUAUAAAGAGACAGACAUUGGUGAACCUUCAGAUAAGACUUUUUUAAAAAAAAAAUUGCAGUGAUGGGCCCCCGAGGGGUCAGGGGUCACCGAAGAGCGAAAGAGCUGCUGCGCGUCGCAGAUACCGGCUCUUGGGCCCAUGGCGCCCGCGCAGCGUUGCCUCCUGUGCCGCCAGACCUUCUUCUGUGGUCGCGGACACGUCUACAGUCGCAAGCACGAGCGGACGCUGAAGGCAGCUUUGGAGCGGCUCCUGCCCCAGGUAGAGGCCGCCCGGAAGGCCGUCCGCGCCGCCCAGGUGGAGCGCUACGUGCCGGAGCACGAGCGGCGCUGCUGGUGCAUUUGCUGCGGCUGUGAGGUGCGGAAACACCUGAGCCACGGAAACCUGACCGUGCUGCACGGGGGUCUGCUGGAGCAUCUGGCCAGCCCAGAACACAAGAAAGCAACCAACAGAUUCUGGUGGGAGAACAAGGCUGAGUUCCAAAUGAAAGAGAAGUUUCUGAUCUCCCCCCAGGACUAUGCCAGAUUCAAGAAAUCCAUGGUGAAAAGUCUGGAUACCUAUGAGGAAAAGGAGGAUGAGGUGAUCAAAGAAAUGGCAGCUCAGAUUCGUGAGGUGGAGCACAGCCGGCAGGAGCUGGUUCGGUCUGUCUUAGAGCCUCAGCCAGUGCCAGACCCAGAAGAAGGCUCUUCAGCACUUGGAAGCUGGAAAGGCACCAACAGUCUAGUGGCCUCCGCCUCACAGCAGCCCUCCUACGUGGACCUGCCACCUGCCCCAGAGCUUGACUGGAUGGAGACAGGACAACCUUUGACAUUCAUUGGCCAUCAGGAUACACCAGGAAUUGGUAACAUCCACUCAGGUGCUACACCUCCUUGGAUGGUCCAGGAUGAAGAAUACAGCUCUGUAAACCAACAAAUAGGACCAUCCUAUGAAGAAUUCCUUAAAGAAAAGGAAAAACAGAAAUUGAAGAAACUCCCCCCAGACAGAGUUGGGGCCAACUUUGAUCAUAGCUCCAGCACCAGUAUGGGCUGGCUGCCCUCUUUCGGCCGGGUCUGGAAUAAUGGACGCCGCUGGCAAUCCAGACAUCAGUUCAAAACGGAAGCUGCAGCAAGGAACAAACAGUCACAUAAAAAAAGCCAAUCGUUUCCGGAUACAUUUUCAAGUCAACAAACCCAUACCUAAAUCCUUUUCUUAGGAAAGAGACAUACCCACUUAUUUGAUUUAAUAAAAGUUUUAUUUUCCAAAAAAAAAAAAAAAAAAAAAUUGCAGUGAUGAAAUAUAAAAAAAGAAUGAAUGGUUCAAAGAAGAAACGAACUCAAAAAUUCUGAAAUCUUUACCAGUUGAACAACAGUAAAUACAUUUUUUUCUAUCAUGAUCACCAAAUGCUACUUCAAUAUUUAUGGGCCAUUUUAAGUAUAACUUUGGUGAUGAUUUUAUUGAUGUUCUUUGGUCCUUUAUUUUGCGUGGCAGCAGAGUGACAUUGAUAAAUUCUUGAGUAAGUCUUUGAGCCUCUCAGCUUCAUUUACCUGUCUGUAAAAUGGGUGCAUUGAUUCUUGCCUCAGAACUGGUUUUGUGAGGGUGUAAUUAGACAACAUAUAGAAACACUUGCUGCUGGGCUCUAGUACCAGGCCUGGCAUAUAGCUGAACCUCUAUCAGUGUUUUUUUAAAUAUCAAGGCAAUAUGUAAUCCAAGUAAAGUGAAAAGGCCAAUUUUCUCUGGGACAUUCUAGUAACCAUCAUGUAUACAUUAGAAAUAUUCAGGUGGCCACUUUCUCAGUCUUUUUAAUAAAUCAUGUGGACAGAUAGGGAAGCAUGAUACACACCAAUACAUACAAUUGCACACACACAUUUUUUUUUUUAAUUGCCAGUGUAAAAGCU